AUGGAUGUCUCCCGUCGUGCCCCACGCGGUCGACUGGACCGUUACUGGAAGCACACUCACGUGCCUGUGAGUCUCCCGGACCUUUUGUUCGAGCGCGAAGUGCGGGGCAACGCCUGUGCGAUCGACGCCGCGUGCCACGGCCACGGGAGUUUCGUCCGUCGUCUGCAGUGUGAAGCCAUUUUGAAAGGCCACGAAGGCUGUGUCAAUACGUUGCAGUGGAAUGCGACUGGAACGCUCCUGGCAUCCGGUUCCGAUGACCGAAAGGUGCUGGUAUGGAAUUACGGGCAACAUACGCAACAGCAAGUGAUUGAGACUGGCCAUCAGCUCAAUAUCUUUGCCGUGCGCUUUGUCCCGGGCACUGACGACCAUGUGCUGGCCACAGGUGCCAUGGACCACGACGUUCGUAUCCAUUACGCGCCGUUCCAUGAAUCGUCGUCAAAGCUCUACCGCGUGCAUCGAGACCGGGUCAAAGAUAUUGGCACCUCGUGGGCUGUGCCCAAAGUGUUUUGGACCGCAGCAGAGGAUGGUAUCGUGUACCAGUUUGACCUUCGAGCGCUGCCUACCACUAGCGGAUCAUGUGAUACGUGUGAGACGUCUGGCGUGUUGAUUAAUUUGGGAAAAGACAGGAACGGUCAUGUGCUAAAAGCAAUGGGUAUGACAGUGCAUCCAUUAGACCCGACAAAAGUAGCACUGGCCUGUGGAGACUUUUACACGAGAAUGUACGAUCGGCGCAUGCUAAGAGUGCAGCAAAACAUUUCGUCAGCGAGAACUGCUGAAGCUACUAGUCCUGUAGAGGUUUUUGCACCGCCGCAUCUGCACUUGGAUGCUUAUUGCAGUUACAGAACAAGACGAUUACAUGAUAAGAGCCAUGGCACAAGCAUCGAGUUCAACAGUGACGGAUCUGAGAUUCUUGCCAACUAUCACAAUGAUCACAUUUAUCUCUUCAAGGUGGGGGACGCAGACAAAACUGUAGUGUAUCGCAAGGACAAUAAGAUUCAGCCUCAAAUUCAGCCGCUCGCGUGGCUUGAUGGAGCGUACAUGGAUGAGCCUGACUUGCCGUCAGACUUACAUAUCGAAGAAAUACAAAUGAUGUGUGAUCGGGGGAAGAGAGCAAUGGAAGAGCACAAGUACACACGCGCGUUGAAGUCGCUAAAUUUGGCAUGUGCUACUCGCAAAGUGACAGAAAUGACGACGACGCAGCAAAAAGAGCUUCAUCAUGACUGCGCCAAGGCCUACCUAGGAAGACGAUGGAACGCAGACUGCUAUCUGGCUGCUGUGCAAUGCAAGAUGGCGCUAGAUCUCGAUCCGAAUGACCGUGAAGUUGAACUGACAUAUAUUAAAGCGCUGAGUGCAGCAAAACGGCACUCUCAAGCAAGGUGGCAGGCCCGACGGUACAAGGAAAAGUACGUCGAUCGCCAAGCCGACGUUGAUCAAUUCUUGAAGAACAGUAAUGAGACUGUUAGCGCCGAGCGCUCGGUGCGACCCAAUGCCCAGUUGUAUAGGUCAUCGGAUGAAGACGAUCAAAGCAGCAGCGAGGAAGAAGCUCAGAAUGGCAACCGAGAUGAUGAACUCGGUGACAAUUUGCCGGCUGAUGACGACAGUUUUUGGGAUGGCAAGCUGGUGAACAGUACACCAGUAAAUUGUGAUGUCAUCCGUCGCUACAUCGGGUAUUGCAAUGUGCAAACGGACAUCAAAGAGGCCGCUUUUUUUGGACGAAACGACGCGUACAUCAUUGCUGGAAGCGACGACGGGCGAGCGUUGGUGUGGGAAAAAGCGACUGGGGAGCUGGUGAACGCAAUCAAGGCGGACGCGAAUAUUGUAAAUUGUGUCCAGCCUCAUCCUUUUGACGCAUGUCUAGCGACAAGCGGAAUUGAAAACGUGAUUCGCUUGUGGAGUCCGACGGGCGGCAUGGACAGUACCCCGACACAAUAUGAGCUGGAGGACAUUAUGACUAGAAAUCAGAGUCAAAUGGAUGACAUGGCGGUUUCGUUCGAAGGAGCUCUUCACAAUAUGGUCCGUGUGGUCUUCCAGUCAGAGGGAGAUCAACAAGCGGUUCAAGACUGUGUGACCAGUUAG